CCACGGAUUCGGCAGCGCAGUAGAUACGGCAAUUGUGCUCAUGAAUUUGUACAUGUCAGCUAAUUAUUAUUUAAUCAUGAUAGUACUUAACUCCAGACUUGUCGUAGUGCUUGUCAAGACUUGGACAGAGCACAGCUACCUGUUUGCAUUUGGCCUUCCCUGAGAAAUUGGACUGUCAAGUCAACUGAUUCUGAAGACUAGAGGGCCUCAACAGAAGUCCUCCACUUCCUGCGAUCUCUAGCAGAUGUUUUUGCAGUCUCCCAAGUUUGGCCGGCAGCUCUCAGUUCAUCCAAAAGUUUGCUUUGGGCGACCUCUUCUUCUCUUCCCUUGCGGAUUCCAUUCGAGUGACUGUGAACCUCCAUCAUGGUUUUCCUCAGGACAUUUGUGAAUGCGAAAUUCAGACAAAUUCCUGAACGAGCCUUUGCUCACAUCCCAACAUUGCAGUUCCUCUUGCUGAACUCAAAUACCUUCACGCUGAUUGCAGAUGACGCUUUUAGUGGCCUAUCCCACCUGCAGUACCUAUUCAUAGAGAACAAUGAUAUCCAGUCACUGUCCAAGUACACGUUCCGGGGCCUCAAAUCAUUGAGCCAUCUAUCAUUGGGAAACAACAAUCUCCGGACACUUCCCAGAGACAUCUUCAUCAACCUUCAGGUUUUGACACAUUUAGAUUUGCGAGGAAAUGCCUUCCACUGCGACUGCAAAAUGAAGUGGCUGAUAAAGUGGCUACAGGCAACUAAUACCACAGUGCCACCUACCUAUUGCGUCAGCCCAGUCAAAUAUCAGGGGCACACAAUAAACAGCCUGCCUCUCCAUCAAUUUGAAUGCAUCGCCACAGAAUUCACUACACAUCAAACAUUACCCUUCCAGUCUAUCUCAGCCGAGUCGUUUCUGUAUGCCGAUGACCUUUAUGUCACAUUUGCCCAGGCUAAUAGUGGCAACUGUACUUUCCUCAUGUGGGAUCAUGUUGAACUGGUCUUCAGGAAAUCUGAAAACAUCUCUGCUCGAGCUGCUGUGUAUUGCAAGCCUCUGGUGAUUGAGGGAGUGCUUUACAUCAUAGUAGCUCAGCUGUUCCAGGGCUCCCACAUCUACCAGUGGGACAACUAUGGUGGAAAGUUCAUCAAAAUCCAGAACAUCGACUCGACCAAGAUCCGCAAGCCGAACGACGUCGAGACUUUCAGCAUCGAAGGUGACUGGUACUUCGUCAUCGCCGACAGCUCGAAAGCUGGAGCCACCACCGUUUACAAAUGGAGCAAAACCGGCUUUUACUCCGACCACUCCCUUCACGCGUGGCACCGGGACACAGAUGUGGAGUACGUGCAGAUGGACAACAAGCACAGGCUCAUUCUGUGCAGCAGCACCCAGACCCCGGUGGUCUACCAGUGGAGCAAAGCCCAGAGGCAGUUCACCUACCACAGUGAGAUCCCCAAUAUGCUGGAAGUUCAUGCUGUUAGACACUUCAAGAUCAAGAACGUGGUGUACCUCUGCCUGUCUCGCUUUAUUGGCGAUUCCAAGGUGCUGAGGUGGGAGAAUCAGCGUUUUACAGAGGUGCAGGCUCUGCCCUCGAGGGGUACCAUGAUUGUGCAGCCUUUCCAGGUAGGGCGCUGGCUGUACAUGGUGCUGGGGUGCGAUUUCUCUUUCUCCCACGUUUACCUGUGGGACAGGGAAAAGCUGAGGUUUGUCAAGGUGCACGAGUGGCAUGUGCGUGCUCCCCGAGCCUUCCAGCUCGUAAACACCGACGACAUGCACCUCGUGUUGGCUUCCAGCUUUAAAGGAAGCACCAUCGUCUACAGGCACAUGGUUGUAGACACCAGUGCCUAACACAGUACGACAAAGACAUCAUUACUUUAGGAGUACUGGCCUCUAGCCGAGACCCAUCAAUCAUGUUUCUAAUUAGGUUAUUAAUUUCUCAAAGUAAACUGACAUGAAAGAUUGUGUUUUAAAAAGAGGCCUAUCCUUUAUCUCGUUAAAUCAGCCAUUCUGAGAGAUUAUAAUUAUCGUAAUUAUUCAUUUUCAAUGAAGCAAAUUAUUGGUAUGUACAUAACCUAACCAAUCCCCACCGCAGAGCUUUAUCAAACUCAAAUAUUCACCCAACCUCUUCCCCCCUCUGGCCAGAAUUUACCCUCUGCUUUAGUGUUCAUUGUCUUACUGUUCGUUUGGAUCACCGUGUAACUCAGGAUGUGGUUUUGACUGAGCUCUUCCGGAAUUUGUUCACUGGGCAGAAACCUGAUCAGCUGCGGGAGGAGAACAGUUCAGUGGCAGAAUCGAGACUGGUGUGGAUCACGAGAGGGGUGUGCUCUGGCUGGAGAGAGGGGAAAAAGGCAUCAUUUAUCAGCAGCCUUUGUGGGAUCUGAAGAGAGCAGGGAAUCUUUGGAACUCUCGACUCCAGAGACCAGGAAUGCUUGGGCGCAAUGCAUUGAGGGCAGGAACAGGCAGACAUGUGGGGUAAGAGAGUUUCAGGGUGUGUGGGGUAGGAGAGUUUUUGUAGGUUCACUACAUGUUAAGCUGGGGAGUGGGCUGGAGGGACGGCGAGGAGCAGCCACACACCUGGUCCAGGAGCUUCAGCUUUGCAGAAUCGUCAGCCUGACACCCUCUUUACACAACACGGCUGCGGCCUAACACCAAAACGGAGAAUCACUGGAAAUGCAGCAGUCAGGCCCGUUACCAGAAAUGGACGAUUAGGCUGAGGCUGGCUGUUCAGGUCUACCGAGGAACACCGGAGAAACACGCAGCAGCAGGAACUAAGAAAGGGAGAGUGACGUGCCUGGGAGACGGAGGAAGAGCCAGAUCCAACACUAAGCAUUUGGGAGGAGUGUGGCUGUUCCAGCAGCUCCCAGACCCACUGCUGUGGUUGGAACCAGUAAACUCCCUACCUUGUCAUUUUAGAAACCGAUGCUAACCUGACCCCAGGCUAUCCACCGCAGUACCCACUCACAGUGUUCCGCCUGCACCUUCAAUCCUCACUCCAGUUACCUGACUAAAUGAUUAAGCUGCGGGGGGAAAAAGUGCAAUGUUUAUUUUGUUGAGCUGUUAAAUGGAAUCUUCCUUUGCCUCUCUGCUGAUCGUAAAUGAUCACGUUAGAAUGGUUGGAAGGGGAGGGGAGGCUGCUUCUGGUUUUCUGGCAGCGUGUAUGUCUCUGCCGAUGUUUCCACACAUAUCUGCAUCAUUCCUCUCACCACUCUUUGUAAUUCGUGAGCUGGCCGGUUCGAUUCCAUUCCAACACUACUAAAUGUCCGUCAAACACUUUGGAACAUUCUGAAGGUGGCAAAGUUACUCCGUAAAUACUGGUGUAUCAGCAUCAGAGUCAGUCUUAUUACCACUGGUUUGCACAACACAAACAUCGUUUUGCAGCAGCUGUACGGUGCGAAGAAAUAAAAUUAGUAUAAGUACAAAAUAAAUAAAUUGUGCAAGAAAAGGUCGUGUUCAUGAAAUGUUCAGAAGUUAGCAAAUUUACUUGUACAGCACUUUUCAAAUACAGGUGCUUUACAAAUACUUUAUUGUCAUCAAACAAUUGAUACUAGAGCGUACAAUCAUCACAGUGAUAUUUGUUUCUGCGCUUCAUGCUCCCUGAAGUACAAAUCGAAGUAAAUAUACAGAUCCAGGUCAGGAUCUGUUCAGCAGUCUUAUCACAGUUGGAAAGAAGCUGUUCCCAAAUCUGGCCAUACAAAUCUUCAUGCUCCUGAACCUUCUCCCGGAGGGAAGAGGGACAAAAGGUGUGUUGGCUGGGUGGGUCGUGUCCUUGAUUAUCCUGGCAGCACUGCUCCGACGUCGUGUGGUGUAAAGUGAGUCCAAGGAUGGAAGAUUGAUUUGUGUGAUGUGCUGGGCUAGGUUCACGAUGUAGAUGGGGUCAUACGGUCCGCUAUUCCUUCUGAAGUCAGCAAUCAAUUCCUUCGCCUUGCUGACGUUGAGGGAUAGGUUAUCAUCUUUGCACCAUGCCACCAGGUUCUUAAUUUCCUCUCUGUACUCAUACUCAUCAUUACCCAAGAUGCGGCCUACAAUUGUGAUGUCUUCAGCAAACUUAUAUAUUGAGUUUGAUGGAAACUUGGCUACACAAUCAUGGGUGUACAGUGAGUACAGCAGGGGGCUGAGUACACAGCCUUGUGGGGCACCGGUACCGGCUCAAAGUGAUUGUAGAGGGGAGCUUGUCCCUUAUCUCUACAGCCUGGGUCCUGUCUGUGAGGAAGUUGAAGAUCCAGCUGCAGAUCUGAGUGCCUCAUAGUGCGUACAUAGAAUGAGAUAUAAAAAUCAAACAUCAAAUUUCAGACUAUGUAUAAGAGAAUAAAACCACUACAAAAAGUAGAUAUAAAUAGAAGAUAGAGUGCAGGAGAUUCUAAUUAACAGCUACAGCAAAAAGUUUUAAGCCUCGAUUUAAAAGAGCUUAAAGUUAGGGCAGAUUUCAGACCCUCUGGAAGGUCAUUCCAGACAAAUGGAGCAUAGUAACUAAAAACUGCUUCACUGUGUUUAGUUUUGACCCUGGGGAUGGUAAGCAGACCUGCCCCAAAUGACCCGAGAGCUCAGGAAAGUUCAUAAUGCAGCAAGAGUUCAAAGAUGUACAAACGUUUGUAUUUUGGCCCGAGACCAUUCAGUGCUUUAGAAACCAGUAGUAAUAUUUUAAGGUCAAUCCUCUGAUGGACAAGAAGCCCGUGUAGUGAUCUGAGAGCUGGAGUGAUGUGCUCUACUUUCUUGGUCUCAGUGAGGACUCUAGCAGCAGCGUUCUGAAUGAGCUGCCACUGUCCGAGGGGUAUUUUACAGAGCCCUGUGAAAACGCCAUUACAGUAGUCAAACCUACUAAAAAUCAAGGCAUGGACGAGAAGUCUGCUGGCAGAGGGGAAGAAGGUAAUGCUGGAUCGCUGAGUGUGGGUCUUCAGACUCUUGUAUGGUAAUAAUGAGUAGACUGGAUCCUGGAUGGUGAGCAUCCUUAAUGAUAGAUGUGCCAUCGUGAAGCACUGCCUCUUAAAGAUUGCAGAGCAACACAUACAGGACUCUGGAAGAGCUCAGCAGGCCAGGUGACAUCUAUGGAAAAAAGUACAGUCGACGUUUCGGGCCGAAACCUUUCGGCAGGACAGAUUUCAUCAGGGCUGGUGGUGGGCAAUGUUACCUCUAAUUUGUAAUGACCAGUGUGCACAAAAAUCUUGUGCUGUGCAAUUUUUUGCCCAGAGCCAUCAACAUGUGCACACUGAAUAAUUUCUUCAAUAAAAGCAGUAUAAAUAAGCCAGUUCUAAAAUCUGCAGACAAAUCAUUGCAAACUCCACGUUGUCAACACCGUCCGCAUCAGAAACAGGAAGAGGAAAUGAGAUUGUGUAUGAUCGUGAAAUAUACUUAAGAUUUCAUCGAGGUAGAGGGUGGCAACCUUAAAUUCCUUUGUGCGCUAGUAGCAAAAAAUGUAUGCAUGUGCACACACCUUAGGGGGAACAUUGGUGGUGGGGGCAGGUGUUGUGCCCAUGAAGGAGCUGGCUCAGUCUACAACCCUCUGUAGCCCCUUCUGAACCUGUGAAUUGGAGACUCCAUACACAGCGGUGACUCAUCCAGCCACAAUACAUCUGAAAGAGUUUGCUGGAGUCUUUGGUGACAUACCAAAUCUCCUCAAAUUUCUAAUGAUAUAGAGCUGCUAAAGUGCCUUCUUCAUUACUGCAUCAAUGUGUUGGGCCCAGGAUAGGCUAAUGUAUACUAAGUGGCCACUUUAUUAGAUACACCUGUACACCUGCUUGUUAAUGCAAAUAUCUAAUCAGCCAAUCAUCAGGCAGCUCUGCAUAAAAGCAUGUAGACACAGUCAAGAGGUUCAAUUGUUGUUCAGACCAAACAUCAAAAUGGGGAAGAAAUGUGAUCUAAGUGAUUUUGACUGUGGAAUGAUUGUUGGUGCCAGAUGGGGCGGUUUGAGUAUCUCAGAAACUGCUGAUCUCCCUGGGAUUUUCACGCACAACGGUCUCCAGAGUUUACAGAGAAUGGUGGGAAAGCAAAAAUAAAAACACUCAGUGUGUGACAGUUCUGUGGGCGAUAACGCCUUCUUAAUGAGAGAGGUCAGAGGGGAAUGGACAGGAACACGUUACAACAGCGGUGUGCAGAAGAGCAUCUCUGAAUGCACAACAUGUUGAACCCUGAAGUGGUUGGGCUACAGCAUCAGAAGACCAUGAAUGCACACUCAGGAAGGUACCUAAUAAAGUGGCCUCUGAGUGUAUAAGCGAUUUUUCCAUUUCCCUUGAACCAACUAUUAUUUGUGCCAAAUUGUUUUGUGGCAGCGAUAAGCCAUUCAGAUUUCCUUUCUGUAAUAAUCUCUCCUCUAAUAUACAAACACCUUUUAAGAAACUAGUCUGAGAUUUCAUUUCCAAACAUACCACCCAUUUACUAUAUUAAUGUAUGAAAUAGAUAUUGAUUUGCUGUGUACUUUGCAUUAAGCAUCACUUUGCAUUUUAUUGGUCAAUAACUGAGUAUGUGACCUUGUCUCAGGCUUUCAGUUAUGCUUCCUCAGUAUUUCAAAUAUUCUUUGAACGGGGUUAUCUAAAGCCAGAAAAUUAGAGAUUUGUUCUUUACACACCUUAACAUGAGUCUCACUACUCCAACCAUUAUUUUCAAAUUCCAUGCUUAGCAACAGAGGAAUGCUGAGAAUGUUAAAAACCUGUGUAUUUUAAAGAAGAGAAAAUUGUUUUGGGUCAAUGUAAAGGUCCAUAAUUCACAGUACACUUUGAAUAAAACUAUAGUA